CAUUUCCUAUCUUCAAAAGCAAAUGAGACAAUUCACAAACCCAAAGCAAAACCAUCUUCUCUUCUGAAAACGUACCUUCAAUCGAAUAUUCUUAGCACAAUUUAUCAUGAUUUCUACAUGGAGACGGCGGAGGGCUGCCAGGCGGGCGGCGAAGAAGCUGCAAGACGGGGAGAGCGGGGAGAUGGAACUGACUAUACCGGAUCAUUUCCGGUGUCCAAUAUCGUUGGACUUGAUGAAAGAUCCGGUGACGUUAUCGACUGGGAUCACGUAUGAUCGUGAGAAUAUUGAGAAAUGGAUUGAGUCUGGAAAUGAUAAGUGCCCUAUUACUAAACAAGUUUUAACGAGUCUUGAGUCGAUUCCGAAUCAUACAAUAAGGAAGAUGAUUCAAGAUUGGUGCGUUGAGCAUCGGUCUCACGGCAUUGAAAGAAUCCCCACGCCAAGAAUUCCUGUGAGCGCCAUGGAAGUUUCAGAGAUACUUUCGAAGAUUACAAUGGCGAGUAAAGAGAUGGAUCAAGUUAAGUGUAGAGAUUUGGUGAUGAAGAUCAAGACUUUGGCGAAGGAGAGUGAGAGGAAUAGGAGGUGCAUUGCUGGAAAUGGGACCGGAAGUGUUUUGUCAGCGACGUUUGAAGCUUUUUCGAAAUCAUUUUUCGAAGAAAACGCUGCCGUUUUGGAGGAAAUAUUGUCAGCUUUAACGUUAGUGUUUCCACUAGACGGAGAGGCUGUGUCUUAUUUGGGAUCAUCUUCAUCUUUGUAUUGUAUGGUUUGCUUUCUCAAGAAUGGGGAUUUAUCCCGGAGAAGAAACGCCGUGUUGGCGUUGAAAAUGCUGGUUUCAUCGGAGCAAAGAAUAGUAAACGUAUUAUCGAAGAUUGAAGGCGCCAUGGAAGCAUUAUUCAAGUUGAUUCAAGAGCCCAUUUGUCCAACUUCCACAAAAGCUUCAUUGAUAGUCAUCAAUCACAUGGUCACCAUUUCUGCCACAAGUGAGAAAAUCGUUUCGAAAUUUGUCAAUAUGGGGCUCGUCUCAGUGCUCGUAGAAAUACUUGUGGAUGCUCAACGAAGCCUAUGUGAAAAGGCUUUAUGCGUUCUGGAGGGAAUUUUCAGCUUCGAAAAAGGGAGAGAAGAGGCCUACACUCAAGCCUUGACAGUGCCGGUUAUAGUGAAGAAAAUACUGCGGGUUUCUGACAUCGCAACGGAGGUCUCCGUCUCCAUUCUAUGGAAUCUCUGCAAGAAUGAGAAGAGAGAGGAGAAAUUUGCUCUGGCCGAGACUCUUCAAGUGGGCGCUUUUCAGAAACUGCUGUUGCUUUUGCAACUGGGAUGCGCCGAGAAAACAAAGGAGAAAGCCACCGAAUUGCUGAAGCUGCUGAAUCUUCAUAGGGAUAGAUUUGAGUGUAUUGAUUCCAUGGAUUUCAAAGAUCUCAAGAGGCCUUUUUGAAGUGAUGAUUUACAGUUCAAGUAUUGUACAAAAACACAAAUCAAAUCAAACAUACAAAUCAUACAAACUUAUCCGCAAAAAAUUAUCGUCCAA